AUGUUCGCCGUGGCAUGGCUGCUUAGUUUGGGGAAAAGUCUUUUUGCCACUCCAGCAUAUACACUGCCUCAGUACCCUGCACACUGGGCCCUGCCGUCUCAGACGUCGGACUGUAGGGCGACCGGAGACCAAGGAAAAGGGAGCGACGUAAUGCAGAUGAAUAUCGGUGCACUCGUCAUUCGUGGAGAGAAGCUCCCGUCGCGAAAUGUAGGCGGUGUUGGUUUUGUUGUGCACCCAUCUGUCGUCCAUCUGAUCGAUUCUCACGAGAUCCUGUCACCUCGUCUAGCCAUUCUUCGCCUCCGCCCUCUGCGCCAAAAACCCAUCAGUAUCAUCAACUGCUACUCACCAACAUCAGCAGCUGAUGAAUCCGAGUUAGACGAGUUUUACGAGGAGGAAGUAAUCCGCAACGAGAAAUCCUUCUACAAAUUCGUUGUCGGAGACUUCAACACAAAACUAGGAAAGGCCACAGAAGAGGAAUACAGGAUUGGAAGAUUUAGACUAGGGGACCGGAAUGAAAAUGACAAUCAUCUCGCCGGGCUGUUGUCCGACGCUCGCCUCUUUCAUGGGAACUCUCUUUUCAUGAAGAAAGAUCAUCGUCGGUGGACAUGGGAAUUGCUCAAUGGCGCGACUCGUGCGGAGAUCGACCACAUACUCACCAACCGGAGGUGGUGUCUACUUAACUCCUCAGUAGUACCAUCCCUUUGUAGUGGUUCUAAUCACCGACUCCUUCGUGCGAAAAUACGACUCAACCACACGAUGGAAAAGAACAUCUGCUAUCGGCAACGAAGGAGAAAAGAAGUCGUCUACGACGAUUGCGUACUCGAGGACUCGUUGUCCCGAGGUGACUGGCACAUCGAGGAGGACCCAAACGUAGACUACGAGAUGCUGCUCAGAGGAUUACGAGCCUGUGCUGAGUGUGCCUCGAAGCCGCGCACGACAAACUUGGAUCAAUUUUCGAAUACCACCAAGGAAUUGUUGGAAAGAAGAAGGGCUUUGAGGCUUGAUCCGAAUGCAUCGCACAUUGAGCGGGAUCUCCGUGAAUAUAGUACUCCGCUAGCAACCUUGCUGAGCGAAGACGGGACUCGCACGUCUUCUCGUCGUGAGAUGGAAAUCAUUACGGAGAGGUUCUACUCGAACCUUUUCUGUUCAUCAACUCCUGUGUCAAGCCCGAUCAUCCCCACUGGUGAUGCUCCACCACGGAUUCUCCCUUCGGAAGUUCGAGUUGCUAUCAAGAGCAUGAAACCUGGCACAGCCCUCGGACCUGAUUUCGUAUCAGCAGACUUUCUUCAGGCUGGUGGCCAUCCGCUUCAUGUAAUCUUAGCAGUGCACAUGACAUCCUACCUUCAAAAAGAAAGGAUACCAGACCAGUGGAAGACCUCGCGGACCGUUUUAUCCAUAAAAAAGAUCAUCCCCACGCGCAUAUCUAGGACGCUGGAUGAAGCCCAGCCUCAAGAACAAGCUGGAUGGGUUCAGCUGCUUGGACCACAUCCAGCCCGUGUCGAGGGUCAUAGAGACGACAUCGUUCUCUUUUCGAGCAGUACCAAUGAAGCAGAAACGAUGCGAAACGAAUUGAACGAAGCAGGGAAGAGAAUAGGACUACGAAUAAACAGAAAGAAGACACAGUUCAUGAAGAACGCCCACUGCGAGGACGGAGGGAAACUUGAAGGCUCCCAAAUCGUGGAAAGUUCGUCAUACGUAUAUCUCGGACGUUCUAUGAACAUGAAAAACGAUUUGAAGGAAGAACUGAAUAGAAGAAUGAGAGCAGCAUGGGCAGCAUUCGCAGCCGUCAGGGAAGCUACGGACCAACUGACGGACCAAGAUCUUCGUGCCCAUGUGUUCGACUCGACAGUUAGUCCAGCGCUUUUACGCUGCAAAGACGUGGGCAAACACCGCUGUCACGUCUAG